CCCACCCGGGCCACCCUCACCAGGUGGACUCAGCGUGCACACCUUGUGGUGCUGGAUCUCUCACACCAGCGUGUGGAGGGCACGCUCCUCGCCCUAGUGAGUAGGGGUUGGGUGAGCAUGGGGCUCGGCCUGAAGGCCAGGCUGCACAGGGGACCGAGGAACCGCAGCCCCAUCCCCACCCUGACUCCCACACACAGGCAGCCCCAGGGCUCCCCCCCGUGGACAGCCGGCUCCUCAGGAUCUCCCCCCAGGGCGGCCCCGAGGUCUGGCUCCCUGCUGGAGAGGCAUCGCGGAGAAGAGAAGCACACAUGUGCGUAUGAGAAGCUGCCACUAGAACUACAGGACGAUGGCUCCGACAGCAGAAGUCCAUGCGUCAAUCUACAGCUGAGCAUACACGACAGACAUUCCUUCGGGUACAAGAGAGGCAGGGCCAGUCACAGUCGGCAAAAGGGGCCCCAUUGUGAGCGGCCUCUGACCCAGCAAGAGCUGCUCAGAGAGGCCAAGAUCACAGAAGAGCUCAACUUACGUUCACUGGAGACAUACGAGAGGCUCGAGGCUGACAAAAAGAAGCAGGUGCACAAGAAGAGGAAGUGCCCUGGGCCCAUAAUCACCUAUCAUUCGGUUACAGUGCCCCUUGUUGGGGAGCCAGGCCCUAAAGAAGAGAAUGUGGAUGUGGAAGGGCUGGAUCCUACUCCCACAGCUUCUGCACUGACUCCCCAUGCCGGCACUGGACCGGUUGUCUCUCCACCUCGCUGCUUGCAUACUUUCAUCAUUUUUAGUGAUGAUGCAACAUUUGAGGAAUGGUUUUCCCCAAGGCCGGCCCCCAAAGGUCCCUGUUCGGGAGGUCUGCCCCGUGACCCAUCGCCCAGCCCUGUACCGGGACCCUGUCACAGACAUCCCCUACACCACUGCUCGAGCCUUCAAGAUCAUCCGUGAGGCCUA